AUGAAAUGUAUGAAGGUCAGUCUUGCUGGGCAAGUAUUUUCUCAACUAGGACUUCAAAAUUCUCUUUACCAAGCAGCAGGUGGAAGUGUAACUUCAUAUGGUACUGGAGAAUUUUUGAUGUUCAUGGACUACUUAUUUGAUAGUGUCAAUGGGUUAUCUAAAUUGCCAUUGAAUGCAAAACAAUUUCGAUGUGCAAUUUCAAGUAAGUCUCCCCAUACUAUAUUUUGGCGUGAAGCUAAAUUAGUUUUGAAUUCAAUGCAGUUCGUAAAAAGUAGGGGUUUUGCAAAACCUCCUUGCAUCAAAAACUGGAUUAGUACAAUAGAAGGCUUGAACUAUAUUUGGAAUAAAUUAAAAUGUGUCCAGGGAUUUUCUUAUUUAUGCACCAGAAAUUUUAAUCAAGAUCCCUUGGAGAAUUUUUUUGAUUGCAUAAGAAGUCAUGGGGGUUCAAAUACUAAUCCAAGUUGUCACUCUUUUGUGUCUGCCUUUCGGACUUUGCUUGUCAACAAUUUAUCAUCUCGCCAUUCACCGUCUUCUAAUUGUGAAAUCGAUGAUACAACUGGGUUACUUGCCACAUUUCGAGUGUUUUUAAAUAAUGAAGAUGUCUUGGAAACUGACACUCUGAUCAAUAUGUCUAUUGCCUCAGAGCCGUUCAUUUUCCAGGACAUGUCAUUGUACAGUAAGACUGCUAAUGCUUACGUUGCAGGAUAUUGUACUAAGAAACUUCUCGGAUAUGUUGGUGAAUGCCACAUUUGUGCAUCUGAACUUUUAGGAGAUCCGAUUGGCAGGGAUGAAGCUUCUUGGAUUGCAUCUAGGGAUUACACAGGCCAUUCACUUUUGGUUCCAGGAACUGUAUUUUUUGAUCUAUUUAUUAAAUGCAGUCAGGUACUGGAUCAUUUCAUUAAAGAUUUAUGUAUUGAUGGAAAUGUGAGGACUUAUGAAGCAAAGCUAUCUCAUGCCUAA